AAAAAGAGAUGUACUUGGAAUGCACGCGAGAAACUUGCAGUAAUAACCUACCAAGAAAAGACACAGGCAAGUAUUCGCAAAACUUCACUUGAGUUUGGAAUUGAACCAAAACAAUUUCGUGAUUGGCAGUCAAAAAAAAGUAAAUUGAUACUUGUACGUGCAUUGCAAGCUGAACUUAAAGUAGUUACACGUCAUAUGGUUCAAGUUAAAGCAAAAACUUUGGCACAAACACAACUGAUAUUUCAACAUUUCAAUAGAGCCAUAAAUGAUUACAGUGAAAAGCAACAGGAAUUUUUAAGUUUGGUUCUUCUUCAACGAAUGAAAUAUAACUAUCCUUUAAAGCUAAUAGGCAAUAUGGAUGAAAUGCCACUUUCUUUUGACUUGCCAAACAACUAUACAAUUGAUGAAACUAGGGCCCAUAGUAUUAAUAUCAGAACCUGUGGAUAUGAAAAUUCAAAUUUUACAGUUGUUCUUAGUUGUAUGUCUGAUGGUUCUAAGUUGCCACCAUUAAUUAUUUUCAAACUUAAAAAUGUACCACGGCUUAGCUUUCCAAGGGGUGUAAAAAUUAGAGCUAAUUUAGAAGGCUGGAUGAAUACUGAGGAAAUGUUAUUCUGGAUCGAAAAUGUGUGGAACUGUCAUGCACCUCUUUCUGUUGAUCCACAUUCUUUGUUAGUACUUGAUUCAUUUACUGGUCAUCUUCCUGCUUACAACAUUGUCGCUCAGUGGGUUCAACAAGCAUGGGAUGAUAUCGAUCCAGCACUUAUCCGACAUUCAUUUAAGUGUUGUGGGAUUUCUAACAAUCGAGAUGAUACUGAAGACAAACAAAUCUUUGAUUAUUAUUUCGUAACAAGGGACAAUUCUACACCGCAUAUUAUCGUUGAGGAAGAAAAUAAUGAAAGGUCUAAUAAAUCAGUUGGGAAUUAUGAAGAUUCUGGUGAAUCAGUUGGGAAUUAUGAAGGUUCUAGUGAAUCCGUUAGAAAUUGUAAAGAUUUAAAUGAAUCAAUUAUAAAUUGUGAAGAUCCAAAUGAAUUGGUUAUAAAUUGUGAAGAUUUAAACGAAUUAAGUAGAAGCUGUGAAGAGUCAAUGAAUCAAGUAGAAGCUGUGAAGAGUCAAACGAAUCAAGUGGAAGCU